GGCCCCCAGCCCCUGCAGGCGUGGCUCUGGGCGCCGCAGGACCUGCUGCCGCCGGGGUCUCCGCUCCGCACUCAUGGCUUCUCCCAGCAAGGCAGUGAUCGUCCCCGGGAACGGAGGCGGGGAUGUGGCCACCCACGGCUGGUAUGGCUGGGUGAAGAAGCAGCUGGAGCAGAUACCUGGUUUCCAGUGUUUGGCUAAAAACAUGCCUGACCCAAUUACAGCUCGAGAGAGCAUCUGGCUGCCGUUCAUGGAGACAGAACUGCAUUGUGAUGAGAAGACCAUCAUCAUCGGCCACAGCUCUGGGGCCAUUGCGGCCAUGAGGUAUGCAGAAACACAUCGAGUAUAUGCUAUUGUGUUAGUGUCUGCAUACACAUCAGACUUGGGGGAUGAAAAUGAGCGUGCAAGCGGAUACUUCAGCCGCCCCUGGCAGUGGGAGAAGAUCAAGGCUAACUGCCAUCACAUUGUGCAGUUUGGCUCCACUGAUGACCCUUUCCUUCCCUGGAAGGAACAGCAAGAAGUGGCUGAUAGGUUGGAAGCCAAAUUGUGCAAAUUCACUGACCGUGGUCACUUUCAGAACACAGAGUUUCAUGAACUAAUUAAUGUGGUAAAGUCUUUGCUCAAAGUACCAGCAUAGACUGAUUGCUAUUUUGCAUCCCAAUAUAGGGGUACAGUAAUAGUAUCUAUGAUCAGAUGAUUACUAGAUACAUAAAACAUCUAGUUAAGUUCCAAAAGUGCCUGAAAAACAAAUACAAGUUUUAACAUUCAAUCUAAAUUACAAAUAGCAUUUCCAUUUUCCAUAGAGUCUAAAUCUCCCCAAAUUGCUAUGAACUACAGCAAUAUUUUCCCCAUUUGCUAAGGGACGUAAGCUUUACCACCCUUCUCUAUCCAAAGUGAAUUAAGUUGGAAACAGAACCCAGGUUUCCUGAUCCUAUUUCAGAAUAAAACUAAAUAGGCUUCAUGUCAUUGUAGAUAUUUCACUAUUUUCCUCUUUGAAAUAAAACUUUCUAUUUUAUUGGGGAAAGAAAACAUGACUAAAGGUCCGGAAUGUUGGCAUAGAGCUCAAAACUGCUGCUGUUUCAAGUUGGCCUAGGAUAUUAAACCUAGACUAGGGCCUUUACCUUUGAUACCUGCCCCUUUAGUUCUUCAAACAUGCAGAGAAAGACUGAUAUGUAAGGAUGCUGAGUCAAUGGUCUGCUCAAUCAGGUGGGAAGAAGCAUAGCAUACACACACACA